UUAACAGCAAGUUUACGUAUUUUGUUAGAAAAAGGUUUAUUCUUAAUCAUAUCAUACAGAAAGGAUGUGUACAAUCAGACCAUUUAGAUGUGAAGACAUGUUUAGAUUCACUAAUGUAAAUCUUGACCCCUUAACAGAAAAUUAUGGUUUAGCAUUCUAUCUGCAGUAUCUAGCUCACUGGCCUGAAUACUUCCAAGUAAUUGAAUCAYCAAAUGGACAAAUCAUGGGUUAUAUUAUGGGAAAAGCAGAAGGAGAUGCCUCCAAAGAAUUAUGGCAUGGUCAUGUGACAGCUCUUAGUGUUGCUCCUGAAUAUAGACGGCUAGGAAUUGCAGGAACUCUUAUGUCAAGUUUGGAAGCUAUAUCAGAGAAAAAAAAUGCUUUUUUUGUGGAUCUGUUUGUAAGAGUGUCAAAUCGAAUAGCUGUUAAUGUGUAUAAAAAGUUGGGAUAUAUUGUAUAUCGCACAGUGCUGGAUUACUAUUCUGGAGACCCAGAUGAAGAUGCAUAUGAUAUGAGAAAGGCUUUAACCAGGGACAGAGAUAAAAAGUCAGUAAUACCCCUGAAAGAGCCUGUUAGACCAGAGGACAUUGAGUAGAGUGGUGUCAGUAGUUUACAGGUAAAGCUUUCUAAGCCUCUGCACUUCUAGUGGAGACAGUGCCAACACAGCUA